AAUACAUUCCUUCGUAUAAUGUCCAAAAUGGAAGAGUCAAGAUUUCAUUCCCAUGUGACCGAAUGAAUGUUAGGUGCCGAGAAGUUAUUGUGGAAAGCCUAUAUCUUGCUCGCCUGCCUACAUCUUGCUGCGAGCGAGCGAGCGAGCGAGCGAUGGAGGGCAAGAGAAGAAGGAGGAGAAGAACAUGAAGGCGCGAGGACGCUGGACUCACCGCUGGGCAGCCGAGAAGAAACACCGGAAGCGCAUGUCGAUUCACUCCGAGCAGUAGUAGUCACUAGUCCGGGGGGCGGUAGAGAGCGAAGUAGGUGAUACGGUGCGGCAAGAGCCCGUCCAGAGUCUACGAUCGAUCAGGCGCAGAGAGGGAUCGACUUCUUCUUCUCGUGGGUCGGGUUCAGGCAAGGGCAGAUGCAAAACAUGAUUAGAGAAAACCCCUACACGAGGAUCUCCUUUGGAGGUAAAGACCUCCAUGUUUUUCAUACCCGGAGCGCGAGAGCGAGAGAAUGCGCUUGGCAUCAUUCGUCAUCUGUAGGCGAGCGAGAGCGAGGGGCUACGGUACACAGAAGAGCAGCGGAAGGAAAUUGAGCCCAAUGAUACACACCUGACUGACCUCUCUCUUGACGCGACUGUCAGGCCCUUGCAGCACACCUUGGGCCGUUUGCUUGGGGCUGGGCUGGGCUUCGGCUCGCUCGCUCGCUCGAUUGCUUGCUGCCUGUUGUGUGCCUGCCUCCUGGGCCCUGCUGCUGCUAGUUUAUUCUGGAUUUUCCGCUUCCUCCUUCGCUGCCUGUCUGCGACUCUGCUCACCUGCCCGAUGCCUGCCCCCCGUCCCGAGCCCCGUACCAGCCCAGUGUCAUAUGGCGAUAUUAUAUAUGGGGCAAGCGAAGGGGGGGAGCGGGAGGGGGAGGGGGGAGAGGUUGACAUUCGGUAUAGAGAAGGGGGGAGUCGGCACAGGAGGGCGAGGAGCUUCUCUCGUACUCAUGUGUAUGUCGGGGGCUAAUAUAUACGAGGAGCGAGCGAGCGUCAGUUGCCGGUGGGAGAAUUCGAGGAGCCGGUGGCCAGGGGAGACGGGUGGCACAGAGCGCCACAGGCGGAGAGAUAUCGCGGGAUGGCGCGGCGACACGUGGCAGGGGCGGGGCCCGAGCCGCCUUCAUUCAAAGCUGUGAAACCGGCUGGAUCGGUGGGAUCUCGGCUUUGAUUGAUUGCGCGGGAAUGGGCUCGGCUUGCCGGGAGUUGGACAACAGCACGAGACGCAUCGGGUAGGGGGCGAGGCGAGGGGGAAGAUGCGCGUACCCUAGCCCUGCCCCGCCCUCGCUAGGCUCUGCCCCCCGCACAGCCUAGCCUAGCCUAGCCUAGCCCAGCCCAGCCACCAGGCUGCGAUUUCUUCCGUUCCAUGCUUCCUUCCGUCUUGCGCCUUUGCUUGCUUCGAUUCGAUGCUGGCUGAGGGGCAGGGGCAGGGGCAGGGCGACGGGGUCGACGGGCGCCUGUACUGUCCUUGCCCGAGCAAGCACUCACUCACUCACUCUCUGCUCUCGGAGACCAGUCACCUCAU